UUUCAACUCACAACCAAUGUCUGCAUCAAAGAAACCUAGAUUAGAUAAAGGCAAUACUACGCGUCCAUUUAUACCUGUUCAGCAAUAUGAGGUUAUCAUUCCUUCUUAUGCUGCUUGGUUCGACUUGUCUACUAUUCACAUUAAUGAAAUUCGCGGACUACCUGAAUUCUUUAACAAUAAAAAUAAAUCGAAAACACCCAGCAUUUAUAAAGAAUACCGUGAUUUCAUGGUCAACACAUACCGUCUUAAUCCCUUAGAGUAUUUAACAGUAACAGCUUGUAGAAGAAAUAUGACGGGCGAUGUUUGUGCAAUCAUCCGCAUUCACGGAUUUCUUGAACAAUGGGGUCUUAUUAAUUAUCAGAUGGAUCCGACAGCUAAACCAACAGCCAUUGGACCUCCCUUUUCGGGCCAAAUCAAGAUUAUAGCAGAGAUACCAAAAGACUUGCAGCCUGCCUUGUCGUCUGAAAAUCAGCAAUCUACUGACGAGGCAACGGCAGAUGCAACUAUAGAAACUAAUAUGACAACAGAUAAAAACGCGCCUGAAGAAGCCGUAAAGACAGCAGAACCAGAAAAGGAAAUAAAGACAGCAGAACCGGAACACAUAAAGACAGAAGAGGCCAGUUCUAUAAAACAGGAGAUUUCAUUAAAUCUAGACUUGCGUGAAGACAUAUUUAACACAGCCAAGAAUCAUCAUGCACAAAAGAAAACUAUAAAAACGUGUGAAUGCUGUAAGAAAUCACAAAAUAUAUAUGAAGGAUAUCGACAUGAAUCCAUGUUUGUAUGCUCUGAAUGCUUUGAAGCAAGUAAAUUACCUGAGGGCACAAAGAAAGAAGAUUACGAUAAAGAGAUGAAGCACGAAGAGGAGCCACUGGAAGAUACAUGGACAGAACAAGAAGAUCUAUUGUUACUCGAAGGCCUCGAAAUGUUUCCGACGGACUGGAAUAAGAUUGCAGAACAUGUGUCCAGCAAAACGCGAGAAGCCUGUGUACUGCGUUAUCUGAAGCUACCUACAGCAGAUCCUCGUAUUGAUCCUGAUAUUAAGCACCGAGGAUUACUAGAUUUCGAUGCAAAAGAUAAAAUAGACAACCCAAUCAUGUCAGUAGUCGCCUUUCUUGCUUCCAAUGUGAAGCCAGAAGUAGCAUCUUCAACCAUACACGAGCGACAAGAUAGUGAUGCUGAAAUGAAGGAAAAAGAAGAAGAGGACAAUCAACAGCUGAAAGCUGACUUAUUACAUAGCAAAGUGUCUCUCUUUUCAGCGCGACUACGUCAAUUUAGAGAGAAAGAAAAGUUAAUAGAUUUGGAGCGUCGUGAAGUUGAAUAUGAAAAAUGGCGCGCUCAAGAGGACUUAUGUUUUCUAAAGAAUAGAAUAGAUUCAAUAUAUGCUCGUAUGUUUCAUGCUAGUCAAGCUAAAAUAGCAGCACAGCAGCAGCAGCAGCAAGAAGAGCAAAUGCCAGAAAAUGCCAUUGUGUAUUUGCUUGAUGAUCCGACAUUAACAGAAGAACAAAGAAAUGAACAACUUGAAUUAAAACAAAGAUACCCAAAACAGUAUGAAUCAAGGCAGAUAUUAUUGCAGCAACAGCAACAACAACAGCAACAACAACAACAACAACAACUCCAGCAGCAACAGUCAAAUGGUAUUCAGCAAGUUUAA